AAAUAUAAUUUUAUUUUUAAAAGUAAAAUAGAUUAUAUCGAAAGUUAUAAAUAUGGAGAAACAAAAUGUAAUAAAAAGAAGAGGUUAUUAUUCCGAAAUCGUAACAGGAACUACGGAAAAUCCUGUUACACCGGAAGUAGUCCUUAUACCAAUUGCACCAAGAAGAGUAAAACUUGCAUGGCAAGUUGCUACCGAGCAGCAUAGUAUGUGUAUUAGAAAAUUACUAGACGAAGAAUCGUAUAAUUUCCUCGGUGAAGCUAAAAGAUGGAUGAGUUUUCCCCUGGAUCGAUCAAUUAUAUUUCCUGCGGAAACUUUUAUUCCCAAAGUACAAAUGGAACAAGAUGUGGCGCCGAAGCAGUGCCCACGAAAUGUUGAAAUGGAAAGGAGACGAAGAUUGUACAAACAUAUAAAAAUUCAGGAUACAUUGGCGAGUAUUAACAUAAUACCAAAAGAAAUGUUGCCUCCAUCCGCCUUAGCACCUCUGUUGUCCUAUGACGAGAAAUACGGUUUAUUUAGUAUCGCACAUUUCCUGCCUUUGGAAAUUUUUGACGACGAAGACUAUGAUUGCAGAACAAUAGAAGAUUGGAUAGACUUGGGUUUCAUCGAUGAAAAGCGUUAUCCGUUGCCUGCUAGCGUUUUCGUACCGAGGCAUCGAUUCGAAGACGAAAUAUUCCAUCUCGAUGACGAAUUCUUAAACAAUCUGUUCGUUUGGACUAAAGCCGCUGUUUUUGAUUACGAUUAUAAAAAAUUAUGGAGUAUACUCACACUUGACGGUACAAAGCGGGAAUUCGAGAUACCAAGAAUUUACAUUCGAUUCUUUGCCGAAGAUCCCAGAAUUAUCAACGAGGAUUCUAAGCUUUACGCAAAGAGAGUGGUGACAGCUGUCGAACAAAGAAAAAUCACUGAAGCUUCUGUAAAAUAUAAUUUUUAUUUGGAUUGCAUGCAAAUGGAUGGUAUGACCACGUUGAAUGAAGAACAAAUAGAAACUAUCAUUCGUUUGAUUUAUCAGAAUAAUCAAAAAUUUAAUACAAGAUACAAAAAUUGGAUAACAUUAUAUGUUCACGAAGAAGUAUACAGUGCAAUGAAAUGUAUUGUAGUAGAAUGUAAACAAGCUGCAUCUAUGAAUUUAUUCGCCACUUCAUACGGAAAACAAAUAAGGUUAAAAGAAUUCGAAGAUUUGCAAAUACAAUCUACCAUCACAGUUAUUAAAUAUUUGAAAGAACCGUGGUUAGAAAAAAUUACACAAUCAGUAAGAAUGUGUCUUCGAGAUCUUGGAAAAGGAUGGUUUAAUCUUGAACAAAAAGACCACAGCGUCUAUGAUAUAAUGAAAUUGAAACGUUUCAUGGAUCUCACUAAUCUUCGUAUGCAGUAUGCACUACGAGUUUUGGUGGAAGAAUCGAUCAAGUUCUAUAGAAAUAUUCUGGAAAUUCCAGCACUGUGUGUCUUACAUGUAGACGAAUCAUUUGUUUGGGGAGAUGAUCUCAUUAACACUCAGUUCUCUCCCGCUGGCAUGCCUAUUUUUCUCGUUGACCUUCAAAUGGAUGAGCAAAAACCAUUUUACUCGACAAAUCCUGAGAAAUUUCUCGAAAGUAUCAUUACUUUAUAUGAUAACGCACUCACUGCCUGUCAUCAAGUCAGACAAAUACAUCCUUUUCUACUUCCGAAGUUAAAAUUCCCUGUUCAUUUAUAUCUAAGCUCCGUUGGUCUGCUCGAGGAUCAGGUAUGCAAUGUUCGUGAAUCAUUGAAAAAAGCAUAUAAGAAGUCCAUAAUACCUUUAAAAGCUUACGCAAAAGAAUUCAGUCGAUAUCAAUUAUUCUUCAAUCUCAACAUCGCCAAAUACAUUGAGGAAUACAAGGAAGAGGAACUUACCACGGCCGAGAUAAAGGAGGAAAUCUCAUUUCAUAUCACGAUGAGACAAAAUCUCCAAGUUACUUUACCGAAUUUCAUUACCAUUGGUGCGUUUGUAGUGAACGUUUAUCCCUUGAAGGAAUUUCUUAUAAACAAACGCAGUGAAUGUGCCAAAUCAUUGCUCAUUAUGUUCACGGAAAAAAUACGAGCAGAAAUCGAUGACAUCCUGGACGAAUAUAGACAGAUAAGAUACAAAUUGAAGGAAGUGCCACAGAGUAUCGAGCACAUAUUCGAAAUACGGGAUUGGAUGGAAACUAUACCACUUCGAGUACAGGAUCUCGAAGAAAAGAUGGACAAAUUGAAAAUAGAUUAUGAUAUUCUCGAUAGUUUCCUCUGGAAUAUAUCCGACGAUGAUUUUGAAGCGAAAUGGGAAGUGAUUGGAUCGCCUUUUCAAAUUGAGAAAGAGGUUCAGGAGACGAAUGAACGAUUUAUAGAGGAGCAAGAUAAAUUCCAUAAGAUCCAAUUACAGGAUGAGAUCCUGCUGCUGGAAAAAAUAGAUACUUUGGUGGGCAAUGUGGCGAACAUUGCUCUUCAAACGGAUGUUAGCCGCAUCCACGAAAUAGCUCUCGACGUGAGGCGGGUAUGGAAGGCUAUGCUCGAUUGUCGAGAAAAUGGUUUAUUGCUGAACGAACGACAAAAGUUAUUUGGCCUAAAAGUAGUGCCUUUCGAACACCUAAAUAAGCUCAUAAAGGAAUUCGAACCUUACAAAAACUUAUGGAUUACGGCUUCGGAUUGGCUCAAAUGGUACGACACAUGGAUGGAUAAUCCCUUAAUGAACGUUGACGGCCUUCAAAUUGAAGGUCUUGUUGCCGAUAUGUAUCGGCAAAUAACACGAGCAAUUAGAACGUUUCAAGAAUUUCCAAAGGUGCAGGCAGUUGCAAUUAUGAUAAGGGACCAAAUAGACGAAUUCAAACCGUUUAUACCUCUGAUACAAGCUCUCCGGGAGCCAGGGAUGAAGGAUCGCCACUUUGAGCAAUUGAGCGCGCAAACUGGAAUAUUAAUGGCCCUUAAACCCACCAUAACAUUUAAAAGCCUGUUAAUUCUCGGUAUUAAAGAGUUUGAGGAAUUGGUGAAAAUGGUCGCUGAUACUGCGGCCAAAGAAUACGCUACAGAACGAACAUUGAAUAAAAUGAUCGAAGAAUGGGAAAUGGUUGUUUUUGAGAUUCUUCCAUACAAAACUACCGGAACGUAUAUAAUAAAGGUCUCGGAGGAAACGUUGAUGAUGCUAGAACAUCAUAUUGUUAACGUGCAACAGCUUGCGUACAGUCCACUGAAGACCGCCUUCGAGGACGAGAUCAAUGAAUGGGAGAGGAAGUUAAAUUUGACAGAAAAAGUUCUUAAUCUAUGGAUAGAAGUACAAAGAGAGUGGAUGUAUCUGGAGCCAAUAUUCACUUCGGAAGAUAUUAAAGUUCAGUUACCGUUGGAAACAAGGAAAUACAACGCCAUGGAACGAAACUGGAGGCGGAUCAUGAAAAAUGCUUAUGAAAAUCCUUACAUUAUCAAGAUAUGCCCUGACGAAAACCUCCUUGAAAGUCUUCAAGAAUGUCUAAGUCUGCUGGAAGUAGUACAAAAAGGUUUAUCCAAUUAUUUGGAAAUAAAACGAAAGAUUUUCCCCCGAUUCUAUUUCCUCAGCGACGAGGAACUCUUGGAGAUCUUGUCCCAUGCGAAGAUCGUACAAACGGUACAACCACAUCUCAGAAAGUGUUUCGAGAAUAUAUACAGAGUAAGAUUCGAAGAAGAUCUGCAAAUUACCCGAAUGUACUCUGCGGAAGGUGAAGAGGUGGUAUUUGAUCCACCGAUGUACCCGGAGAGAAGUGUUGAAUAUUGGCUGGGUGAUCUCGAGAAAGUGAUGCGCAAUACCAUUAGGGAGAUCAUUCGCAAAGCGUUAAGAGUCAUCCAUGAAACUCCAAGGAAAGUAUGGGUAUACAUGUGGCCGGGACAAGUGACACUUUGCUGCGGCCAAACUUAUUGGGCUGCACAAGUGGAGAAUGCGAUCAAUAAGAAGAAACUUGAUGAUUAUUACCAAGUGUUACUGGGAAAUUUGGACGAUUUACGUGAAUUGGUACGAAGUCCUCAAACCGAAAUCCAAAGACUAAUGCUGGAAGCAGUAAUAACGAUCGAAGUACACGCGCGAGAUGUUCUGUAUCAACUGGUAAAGGACAAAGUGGCUAAUGUAAACGAUUUCAAUUGGAUCUCACAGCUCCGCUAUUAUUGGAUAGAUGAUCUAGAUUUAAAGAUUCGUGCUGUAAAUGCGGAAUUCCAAUAUGGAUACGAGUAUUUGGGAAAUACUGGAAGAUUGGUCAUUACUCCUCUAACUGAUCGAUGUUACCUAACCUUAACUGGGGCAUUGCACUUGAAAUUCGGUGGUGCACCGGCUGGCCCUGCUGGGACUGGCAAGACGGAAACGACAAAAGAUCUUGCUAAAGCAUUUGCUAUACAAUGUGUGGUAUUCAAUUGUUCCGAUCAAUUGGAUUUCAUGUCAAUGGGAAAAUUCUUCAAAGGUCUUUCAAGCGCAGGUGCAUGGGCGUGUUUUGAUGAAUUUAAUAGGAUAGACAUCGAAGUAUUGUCCGUCAUUGCCCAGCAAAUUAUGACGAUCCAGCAAGCGCAACAAAUGCGGCUUGAUAAAUUCAUAUUCGAAGGAGAAGAAAUUGUUUUAAAGCCGUCUUGUGCGGUUUUCAUUACUAUGAAUCCUGGUUACGCGGGUCGAACGGAAUUACCAGACAAUUUGAAAGCUCUGUUCCGCCCAGUCGCUAUGAUGGUGCCGGAUUAUUCACUGAUCGCUGAAAUUUCAUUAUUUUCUUACGGUUUCUCCGAUGCAAAAACUUUGGCUGGAAAAAUAACAUCGACAUUCAAAUUGAGCUCGGAGCAAUUAAGUACACAGGAUCAUUAUGACUUUGGAAUGCGAGCGGUGAAAACAGUUAUUGCUGUGGCAGGAAAUUUAAAAAGAGAACAAAAAGAUUUGAACGAACAACAGAUUUGUUUACGUGCUCUAAAAGAUGUAAACGUUCCAAAGUUUUUAAAAGAUGAUCUUAUAUUAUUCAAUGGUAUCGUAUCCGACCUAUUUCCUCGUUUGGAGGAGAAACCAGUGGACUAUGGAAUUUUGGAAGCAGAAAUUCGCGCAACAAGUUUGAGAAUGGGUUUGGAAGAUGUUGACGCAUUCGUGAAAAAAGUUAUUCAAUUAUAUGAAACGACAGUGGUAAGACAUGGAUUAAUGCUCGUUGGUCCAACUGCGUCGGGAAAGACAAAGGUAAGUGAUAUUUAAAUGAUAUUAGGUGAA